AUGGGUUAUAGAGGCCCAGGGUCUGAGUCAGAGGAGCUUGUCUGCCUGUCCUUGGUCAUAUCACCCUCAUGCUGUGCAGAGUUUGGAGCAGCACAUUUGGGUGGCACGGCCAAGCUCGGCAUCAUCAGAAUGAUAAGUCAAGAUGGCAGAAGUGGAGCAGAAAAAGCAGCGAAGCAGAAGCAGCAGACCUUCUGCAAGUUCACCUCCUGUGGCGUGCACCCCGACCUGCUGCGGGACUUGUCACGCGAGCAGCGAAUGAAGCUGCACUGUGGCCUAUGGCAGAACCAGCACUCGCUGCUGAAGGGCCUGUGCAAGGUCAAGAAGUGGGCACUGCCUAUGCAGAAGCCAGAGGUGGUGAACGCGCACCUGCAGGACAUGAUCAUCCUGCCCCAGAUGGGAGACAAGAUGGUGGAUAGCAUGGUGGGCGUCUACAACGGCAAAGCCUUCAACCAAGUGGAGGGCAAGCCCGAGAGGAUUGGCCAUUACCUCGAUCACCUACAAGCUUGUGAAGCACUGCCCGGCCAGGCAUCAGAACCACCCACUCUUCCCGUUUCACCGCCCUCAAGGAGUCUGCUCAGCCAAUAAAGGCACACACAUUUCUUAAAUAAAAAAAUAAAUAAAUAACAAAAUGUCUUUUCUCACGGAAAUUUGAAUGAUUGCAAUAUUUUGUGGAGCUAAGGCUUUGAAUUAGAUUCGUUCUAUUUAUGAAACCAAGAAACUUGGUUUCUAGCUACAAACCAAGAGUGGCAAAACAAGAUUGGUUCUUUAAUGAAGGCAUAAAAUAAACACCUAA